AUGCACAUGAUCGACUCCAUCUUUUGUUGCCUCGCUGGCCGAAGCGCCUCCGCGCCUACCGAGGCGAUUGCCAACGAAAAGGCAGUCAUCACUCAACAGCCGGUUCCCUACUCGGACGAUGCGGCAGAUCAAUUCGUCAACAUCCUUCAAACACACAGUGGUUCCCGCGAUGAGCUUCACCGACGAUUGAACGAAGUCGUGUCUGCCAACGGCUGGACCGAGAGCCUGGCCGAGGCGAUCCUCCAAAAGAUUGAGAAACUCAUCAAAGAGGGCGUCAAGAUGGCACAACCCAUGGCAGACGCGAUCAAGAAGGCGACCGAUACCGCUCUCGAGUUCGCAAAGGAGCACCCCGUCUAUGCUGCCCUCAUAGCGGCGGGCACUAUCAUCGCCAUUGGCGUACUGGUCAUCUUCGACUUGGCUUGGGUAUUGAAUGCCCUGGGUUUCGCGGCGAAGGGGCCCCGUCUCGGUAGUUUUGCAGCCCGUUGGAUGAGCCAGAUUGGCAAUGUGCCCAAGGGCUCCAUUUACUCAUUCCUUCAAAGGCUGGGAAUGGUGUUGAAGUAG